AUCAUAGAAUCUGCACUGCAACAGCUGGAAUCCAAGCCCACUGAAGUAGAAGAAUUUGUGGAACACUUCACUUUUUUGGAAGCGAUUUCAUCCAAAAUAUUUCAAUUAGAAGAUGAGUACUUAACAAUUAAUCAGUUGUAUUCUGUUGUGAGAUAUUACCAUUUAUAUAUUUCAGAAGAGCAAAUUGCCAUAUAUAAAAUUCUUUUUGGCAAGUUUCGUCAACUAAAAACAACUAUAAAGUUAAAUAAAACAAACAGGGAGGCUGCCAUAACAAAAUUCAGGGAAAAAUUGGAAGCAAAAAUUGCUGGUCUACGAGUGGACGUUAGUAAUUUAAAAGCCAACGUAAGAACUCCUGUUCUGUUUUUUAUUGGUACUCRAGUGCAAAUGGCAAUGGAAAUGAUUCGGACUUUCUCAGAGGAAGCUGCAAGUUUGGUUAACAAAAUUAAAACCUACUCAAGCUAUCAGGAUCAUUUUGACGAUCACCAAUAUCAUAUGCAUUCUCUUAAUAUGGAAGAAAUUACAAAUAUUGUGCUCUCAGAAAUCUCUGACAUUGAAUGUGACUUAAGUUUGAGGAAAAUGUUAUGGGAAGCACAAGACGAAUGGGAAAAGUACUUUUGGGAAUGGAGGAAGUGUUCUCUUCAAAGUAUUGAUGUAGAAUUAGUACAGAGAACUAUUACAAAAUUGCUGAAUAUAAUCAUUGUACUAGAAAAAGGUUUACCUARAAAUGAUUUGUUAACACAUCUUAAGCAAUCAGUGAUGGAUUUUAAASAACAUCUACCAAUCAUCACAGCACUGGGAAACCCGUGUCUCAAGCAGAGGCACUGGGAGGCUCUCCAGGAGAUUAUUGGAAAAUCAAUUAAYCUAGAUAAAAACUGUACUGUGGAGAAUCUUCUAAGCCUCAAGAUAUUUCAGUAUGAAAACAAAAUAAAUGAAAUAUCAAACUCAGCAACUAAUGAAGCUGCUCUUGAAAAAAUGCUACUCAAGAUUAUCAAUCUUUGGAACACUACUCCUUUACGUGUAGUUCUUCAUCACACAGAGAUGUACUCUAUCCUAAUAAUUUCAUCUAAUUUCAUAGAUGAUAUAUUUGCUCAGUUAGAAGAAUCUCAAAUCUUACUUGCAACAAUUAAAGGAUCUCCCUAUCUCGAACCCAUUAAGGAUCUUGUGAAUGAAUGGGAUCAAUACCUUAAACUCUUUUCUCAUACCCUUGAGGUAUGGAUGAACUGUCAAAAACAAUGGCUUUAUCUUGAACCAAUCUUCCAUUCUUUAGAAAUACAAAGGCAGCUUCCAGCAGAAACAAAACUUUUCUCUGAGGUGCUCUCCCUAUGGAAAGAAAUAAUGUCAAAAAUACACUGCAAACUGGAAGCUUUGCAAAUAACCAUCUCAGCAGGAAUCCUUGAAGUUCUGCAAAAUUGCAAUAGACAUCUUGAGCAUAUAAAGAAAAGUCUAGAGGAUUACCUUGAAAUCAAAAGAACGAUUUUCCCAAGAUUUUACUUUCUUAGCAAUGCUACACUUCUUGAUAUUCUAGGUGGCAGUGGAAAUCCUGAGUCUGUACAGCCCCAUCUUAAGAAAUGUUUUGAAAACAUAAAACGAGUGUUGAUAUGGAAACAAGAAAUUGGCCCUCCUGCUGUAAAAAUGCUCAUAUCUGUGGAAGGAGAAGGUCUUGUGCUGCCAAAGAAAAUUCGUAUAAGAAGUGCUGUAGAACAGUGGCUGGUAAAUGUAGAAAAAGCCAUGUUUGAUGUGCUAAAAAAGUAACGCUAUAUGUAUAAUGUAUGUAUUUUUUUUCAGAGUCAUAUCAUGUUCUAUAAUGAUUGUAUCAAAAGUUUUAUGAGUUCUCACUCAAAAGAAAAGCUGGAACAAGUCCAUUCUAAUGUGAUGUGUCAUCUAGAAGAGGCUGCAGAGCUAGUAGUGUUAAAUACUAACACCUCUCGAACAAAAACUGCACUAGGAGCAUUUCUUACUCUUUAUGUCCACUGCAGAGAUAUUGUGAUGGAUCUACUACUUAAAAAUGUCUUCAAUGCAGAAGAUUUUGAGUGGACGAGACAUUUGCAGUAUAAAUGGAAUGAAAAGCAAAAGUUGUGUUACGUGUGUCAAGGAGAUGCCAGUUUUACUUAUGGCUAUGAAUACUUGGGCUGUACCCCAAGGUUGGUUAUUACACCMCUCACAGACCGAUGCUGGCUAACCCUCACAGCAGCACUACACUUGAAUCUUGGAGGCUGUACUGCUGGUCCAGCUAGUGUAGGAAAAACUGAGACUGUCAAAGAUCUGGCAAAAGCCUUAGGUAAAUAUUGUGUAGUCUGCAGUUGUUCUGAAGAUUUGGAUUAUAAGAUAGUAGAAAAAUUCUUUUUUGGACUAGUUCAGUCAGGUGUUUGGUGUUGUUUUGAUGAAUUCAAUAGAAUUGAUAUGGAAAUUGUCUCCGUCAUUGCCUCACAGAUACAAACAAUUAAGGCUGCAAAAGACAGCUAUUCUGUCAGAUUUGUACUGGGUGGAAAAGAAAUUCGUAUCAAUAUGUCUUGUGCAGUCUUUAUCACCCUGAAUCCUGUCUCUGGAGGUCGAGUAGAACUCCCAGAUAAUUUAAAAUCUCUGUUUCGCCCAGUGGCUAUGAUAGUGCCCCACUAUCAAAUGAUUAUUGAAAUAAUACUGUUUUCAUUUGGUUUCAAAUCUGCAAAAUCAAUCUCUGGAAAGCUAGCUAGCCUUUAUGAAUUAGCUAGCAAACAGCUCUCACAACAGGAUCAUUAUGAUUUUGGCCUGAGGUCUCUGAAGAGAGUUUUAAUAAUGGCUAAAAAGAAGAAAGAAGAGUUUAAAUGUGAUAAUCCUUCUGAAGUAGAUGAAACUACAAUUGUUAUAGAGGCCAUAAGAGAAUCUAGUUCAUCAAAAUUUAUUCCUGAAGAUGAUGCACUUUUUGAAAUGAUUAUAGGAGAUUUUUUUCCUGGAGUGAUUGUUUCAAAAGUAAAUCAACUUGCCUUGGAGAAAGUGAUAUAUAUUGCAACACAACAAUUAGGCUUACAACACUGGUCACCUCAGAAAGAGAAGAUCGUUCAGUUUUAUAAUCAACUUCAGGCUUGCGUUGGUGUGAUGUUAGUGGGCCCAACAGGUGGAGGAAAAACAACAGUCAGAAGAAUUUUAGAAAAAGCAUUAAUACUAUUACCAAUUGUAGACAUGUUAUCAAUUAAGCAAAGGGAAUCUUAUUCAAAGAUUUCAGUAAAAAAAGGAAAAGUAGAUCUUUGUGUCUUAAAUCCAAAGUGCAUCACUCUUAAUGAACUAUAUGGACAAUUGGAUCCUAAUACUAUGGAAUGGACUGAUGGCUUAUUAUCAGCAACAUUUCGAAAUUAUGUGUAUUUAAAUACAAAUUACUCAAAGAAAAACAUGGAUAUUGGACUAAAUUCAAGAAUCUCAGKUUUAUCUGCUGUUUUCAAACUUGGUUCCUCUGAUUCAGCAGAUAUUGAUGAUAAUGUUUUUCUGAAUGAGUUAGAGAAAAUUGAAAAAUGUCCACAAAUUCCAAAUUUUGACUGGCAGUGGAUUAUCUUAGAUGGUCCAGUGGAUACUUUGUGGAUAGAGAAUCUAAAUUCUGUGUUUGAUGAAACUAGAACACUGUUCCUAGCAAACAGUGAGAGAAUAGUUUUAACUAGUAAGAUAAGAGUUAUUUUUGAAACGGAUACUCUCUCUCAGGCCAGUCCUGCUACUGUCAGCCGGUGUGCAAUGAUAUAUAUGGAUCCUGUUGAUCUGGGAUGGGAGCCUUAUGUCAAGUCAUGGCUUUCAAAAACCUCUAAAAUCAUGAAUCAAUCAGGAGUGGAUUGUCUUGAAUUCAUGAUUCAGAAAAGUGUCACUGAUGGACUAAAAUUUAUAAAGAAGCAUCAGAAAUUUCAGCCAUUUCCUGUACAGGACAUAACAGUUAUUAUAACUCUCUGCAGAAUUCUUGAUGCUUUCUUUGAAUUCAUGAGUAGAAACGGAGGAUUUGGAGAAGGUGAUCCGAAUAACACUUCAACUAAGGAGACAAAAGAUUCUACCAAAUUGAAGGAACCAGAAAAGAGCAAUGAAAAUCUAUGGUAUCUGGAGAAAAACCCUGAUAAAUUAACAAUAAUGAUUCAAAAGCUUUAUGUGUUCGCUUUUACUUGGGCAUUUGGAGGAAGUUUAAAGCAUGAAGAUGAACAUGAAGAUGAUACACUAUAUUAUCCAGCUUUUGAGCCUGAUUCUGUUUCGGAAGUAACCUAUAAUUUUGACAAACUURUACGUGAAUUAUUUGAAGACAAUUCACAAGGAGGUAUCAGUCUACCAACUGGUGAACGGUCUAUCUUUGGGUAUUUUGUGGACAUACUACAAUGUGAAUUCAUACCUUGGUCAGAUUUAGUUCCUAAUAUUCAGACAUUAAUUCAAAGAGGGACUUCAUUACUGACUGACAUUCAAGAAUCUGGUGACAACAUAUUGAAGAUGAUAGAAUGUGGAGAGUACAUUAAUUAUGUUGCUACCCGAGACACAACAUGCCUUUCUUUUCUCAUGAGCCUUCUCUUAAAGAAUUCCUGCCCUGUGCUUCUCACAGGAGAAUGUGGUGUUGGGAAAACUGCUACCAUUAACCAAAUGCUUGAAAAGUUAGAGAACUCCGGAGCAUUUGAUAUAAAAUAUGGGUCAAUUUUAGGAGAUGUCCUAUUACAUAAUGAGAUCAAAAAAUCAAGGUUCCUAAAGCAGAACAUCAGCGUCUUGUUUACUGAAACCCAUAAGAUAUCAAGUAGAAAACAUGAUAAUACUACUAAGAAGCUGUAUGAUAAAACUGAUGAAAGUCAUAAAGGAAUUAUAGUUUCUGCAAUAAAUUUUAGCACCAAUAUGACAGUUGCCAAAAUGAAAGAGAUGAUUCUUAAAAAGUUAGUGAGAAAAAAUAAAGACACUCUUGGAGCACCUAAAAACAGCAGGAUUAUAAUAUUUAUUGAUGACAUGAAUACUCCAGGAUCUGAUAUGUAUGAAGCACAGCCACCACUGGAACUGAUCAGACAAUUGUUAGACAUGGGAGGGGUUUAUGAUACUAAAAGAAAUGUAUGGAAGAAUAUYGAAGAUCAUGCUAUAGUUGCAGCCUGUGUUCCUCCAAUCGGUAAAAACAACAUUAGCCCACGUCUCCUCAAGCACUUUUCCAUCCUGGUAUUGCCUCAUCCUCCACAGAGUGCCCUGCGGACUAUUUUCCAGGCUCAUUUGGCAAUGUAUUUCUUCAUCAAUAACUUCUCACCUGAUGUUCAGAAAUAUAAGGAUCAGAUAAUAUCUUGUUCCCUCACUAUGUACUACCAAGUGUGUAAGUGUAUGUUACCGACUCCAACAAAAUGCCACUACAUGUUUAAUCUUCGAGACGUGUUUAAGCUUCUCCUAGGAAUACUACAAGCUGACAAGACUAUUAUUAAUUCCAAAGAAAUGCUUGCUCUACUCUUUGUUCAUGAAGCCACCCGGGUGUUUCAUGAUCGCUUAAUUGAAGCCACUGAAAAAAGCUUUUUCUGUCAGUUGCUUUCAAAGGAACUUGAGAACUAUUUCCAGAUUGGAACAGAUGGCUGUGGAAAACAAACUUGUGCAACCUUAGCCUGUUAUGUGGCAGAACACAAACUAUACCGAGUGCCUGUAUCUCGAAAUUAUGCCUACACAGAAUUCAAAGAAGUCCUUAAAAAGGUGUUUCUUCAAACAGGGUUAGAAGGGAAUGCCACUGUUCUGAUGGUUUCUAACUUAUCCCUAGAACAUAAAUUACUUUUGGAAGAUUUGAGCUACACUGUCAGUUCAGGAAAAAUACCUAACUUGUUUGAAAAUGAAGAGCUGGAUUCUAUCGCAAUGAGGAUUCGGUCUUUGGCUGAACAAUCUGGCUAUGUGGAUGACAGACAAUCUUUACUUGCAUUCUUCCAAAAGAGAAUAUAUAAAUAUCUUCAUAUUUUUAUAAUCAUGAAUCCUGCAGGACCUAACCUGCGCCAAAAUUGUAGAGCAUACCCUUCUAUGAUUAGCUCCUGCACAAUGGAUUGGUACCAUAAGUGGCCAGAAGAAGCUCUCCUUCUUGUAGCCAACUCUUUCUUAAUGGAAAAGGUGGAUUUAGAGAACAAAGAGAACUUAAAUGAAAAUUUUGCUCCAACAUGUGUUCAAAUCCACAAAAGCAUAAAUGACUUGAUCCCAAAAUAUUUUCAAGAAACUGGAAGGCAUUAUUAUAUCACUCCCAGAACCUACUUGCAGUUCAUGGAAACAUUUUCAUACAUUUUGAGGUCACAAAAAGAGGAAAUGCAAAUAAAGAGGUGCCGUUUCCACAUAGGUCAAUCCAAGAUCUUGGAAGCAACCACACUAGUUACAGAAAUGCAGGAGGAGCUCUUGAUUCUUGGCCCUAAAAUCGAACAGAAAACAAAGGAAAYAGAAGCUCUGAUGGAAAAACUUGAGAAAGAUUCACAAGUAGUUGAGAAAGUUCAGAUACUUGUUAAACAGGAUGAAGAAAUUAUGGCAGAAGAAGUAAGAAUUGUGGAAGAUUAUGCUCAGAAAACUGCCAAUGAACUAAAAAGUGUGCUACCAGCUAUAGAAAAUGCAAUCGUUGAUCUAAAUGCCCUGGAUAAAUCUGAUGUUGCUGAAUUAAGGGUGUACACAAAGCCUCCCUUCCUUGUGCUGACUGUCAUGAAUGCAGUGUGUAUUCUUCUGCAAAAGAAAGCUAACUGGGCAACGGCAAAGCUGCUUCUUUCAGAAACUGGUUUUCUAAAGAAACUGAUUAAUCUUGACAAGGACAACAUACCUGAUAAGGUUUUCCUGAAACUGAAAAAAAUUUUAAGCUUGCCUGAUUUCAACCCAACCAAGCUUGCUCUGAUUUCUGUUGCUUGCCGCUCUAUGUGCCAGUGGGUUAUAGCUUUGAACAACUAUCAUGAAGUACGGAAGGUGGUAGUCCCUAAACAAAACCAAGUGGCUGAAGCUCAAAGUGUUCUAAAAAUUGCACAACAAAGGUUGGCUGAAAAACAGAGAGGUUUACAGCUGAUUGAAGAACACUUGCAGUUUCUGCAGGCGGCCUACAAAGAUAUUGUUGCCGAAAAACAACUAUUAGCAAAUCGGAAAAAACUGGUCACCAAGCGCUUGCAAUGUGCAGCUAUUUUGCUGACUGUCCUAGACGAGGAGAAGGCUCGGUGGCAAGAAAUAAUCAAUCACAUCGAUAACAAGCUAGAGAGGAUCCUGGGUGACAUGCUGCUAUCAGCAGCAUGCAUCGUCUACAGUGGAGUUUUAACACCAGAAUUCCGCCAGCUGAUUGUGAAUAAAUGGGAGAAAUUUUGCGUUGAAAACAACAUUUCCUUGUCUUCCAACUUUUCUUUAAUUGAAGCAAUGGCACAAGAACCUGAGAUACGCCAAUGGCAUAAUCAGGGGUUACCUCUUGGUCAGAACUCAAUAGAGAAUGCCAUCUUGAUCAAGAAUUGCCAGCACUGGCCACUGAUGAUUGACCCACACAAGCAAGCACACAACUGGAUCCAACAGAUGGAAGGACCUGGGCUGCAAGAGCUCUCUGCUGAGGAUAACARUUACUCCAAAAAGAUUGAAAAUGCUAUGAAAACAGGAGAGAGUGUCUUCUUGAAGAAUCUCCCUGAAACAUUUUCUCCAGGCUUGAUGGCAAUUCUGAAGAAGGAUAUCUAUCAGAAAAGAGGGCAAUAUUUCAUAAGAAUUGAUGACUAUGAGAUUGAAUACAAUCCCAAAUUUAGGUUAUACUUAUCUACAGAAAUAGGCAAUCCCCAUUUUCUUCCAUCAGUUUAUAAUUUUGUUACUAUGAUCAAUGUCAUAGUAACAUUCCAAGGUUUGCAAGAUCAACUCUUAUCUACUAUAUUAAGUCAUGAAGUUCCUCAUUUAGAAUAUCAACGCUUCCAGGUUUUAGACAGUAUUUCUCUUGGUGCUAUAACUAUUGAAGAACUGGAAGAAGAAACAUUGAACUUACUACAGAAAUCACAAGGAUGCAUAUUAGAUGAUGAGGAAAUGGUAGAUACCUUAAGAAAAUCCAAAAUAAUUUCAAAUGAAAUUUCAAGACGCAAUGAAGCAACAGAAAAAGAAAAAAGUGAAAUGCAAGCAACAUAUAAAAACUACCUCCCCAUUGCUACUCUAGGUGCCCUGCUCUACUUUCUAGUGGCUGAUCUUACACAAAUCAACUGCAUGUACCAGUUCUCCCUGGACUGGUUUCAUCGGGUUUUUGUUUUAUCAGUAGUUUCCCAAAACAAAGAACAGGAAAGUGGCUUGAAAAGGGAGAAAACAUCUCUGGAAAAUGUUCAUUUGAUUAUGAAUACCUCAGAAGAACCUAACUUGGAGAGACAAAAAAAUUGUUUAGACAAGCAUGUUAAAAAUGCAGUAGAUGUGUUGACAAGAAAUAUUUUUAAGGUGGUUUCUUCAGCUCUGUUUAAUGAACAUAAACUCUGCUUCUCCUUUCGGCUUUGCACUACAAUCAUGCAAAAUAAUGCUAAUGGAAAUCUAAUGCAGGAUGACAUUGGAUUCCUAUCAGAAGAAGAAUGGAAUAUCUUUUUAUAUUCUGGCUUAUUGAUAAAUAUUAAAAGUGUACUACCCAAGCCUAGACUUAAUAGCAUAUUUGAAAUAUGUAAAGAUCAUCAUCUUCAGUGGCUGCCAGAUUCAAGGUGGAAGCAAUGCCAAUAUGUCAGCAGCCAGCUGGAACCAUUUUUACUCCUGUGCGAAUCUCUUGUAUCAAAUAUACCGCAAUGGAAUGCUUUUAAGAACAGCAAGGCCAUAUAUUCUCUAAUUAGCACACCAUUCUGUCCAGAAAAUGAUUUAUCAGAGGAAAGUAGGAAAUCACCAGGAGAAAGUGAACUUUUGAGUGAAAAUGAAGAAAUGUGUAAUCCUACAACUUUUCCCUGGGAGAAACUCACUCCAUUUCAAAGACUUAUUUUGAUAAAAAUUCUUAGACCAGAACAUUUAACCAGUGCAGUGAGAACAUUUGUAACUGAAAAAAUGGGAAGUGAAUUUCUUCACGGAGCUGGAAUUAAUUUGAAAGAAUCAUAUGAAGAAUCCACUGCCAAAACUCCAUUGAUCUUUAUUCACUCCAAUGGAAUUGACCUCACCAAUAUUCUCCUGAGAUUUGCACAAGAAUUAAAAGGAACAACGGAACAUGUGACCAUGAUUUCCUUGAGUCAUGGCCAGGCAACCAAAGCAGAAGACCUCAUUGUUCAGGCACUAACUAAAAGGCAUCAAUGGGUCUUCCUGCAGAACUGCCACCUUGCAGGGUCAUUUAUGUCAAGGCUCUGCACCAUUGUUGAAUCACUUAAUAGAAGAAAUGUGACAUUAGACCCUGAAUUUAGGCUCUGGCUAAGUUCAAAGACAGACAGUUCUUUCCCAGCCCCCAUCCUUCAAAAGAGUAUCAAGAUUGCCAUGGAACCUACCCAGGGACUGAAAAGCAAUUUGCUUCAAAUGUUUGGUGGAAAUGGAGAGGUGACAGAAGAGAUAUUUGAAAACCCCAACUGUGGACAAUGGUGGAAAAAACUAUUAUUCAGCCUAUGUUUUUUCAAUGCUGUGAUCAAUGAAAGAAAAAAUUAUGGUACAUGGGGCUGGAAUAUUGCUUAUAAAUUUAUUUCUUCAGACUUGGAGUUUUCUAUAAAGGUCUUGGCAAAUGUCCUGAGUAAAGAGUCUGAAAUUCCGUGGCCAUCUGUGCGCUACUUGAUCGGGGAAGUGAUUUCUGGCAGCCGGGUUACUGAUAUCUGGGACAAGCGAUGCUUAAAGACACUCCUCUACAAAUUUUGCAAUCCUGAAGUGCUGAAAGAUGACUUCAGUUUCUCUAAAUCUGCAAGCAUAAAAGACUGCAUACACAUUAUCGAGUCUUUACCUGAAGAUGAUUCACCCGAGAUCUUAGGAAUACAYCCUGAGGCCCAAAGGAGCAUCAGGGAGAUCCAGGGCCAGAAGUUCAUCGAAAAUCUCAUUGCCCUGCAACCAAAAACUACCACUGACAAACUCACGAUCAAUCCUCAUCAGAGUAAUAAUGAACUCAUGAUAGAAAUUGUAUCUGACCUACUGAAGCGGCUGCCGCUGACAGUGGAGAAAGAAGUGUGCCCCAGCACAUUGAAAAGUCUCCUGUCCAGCUCCAUUUGGGAGUCUCUCUAUAAAAAUAUCAAAGGCCAUGAUCCCCUUAUCCAUUGUGUCUUAAUAGUCUUUUUGAACCAAGAAAUAGGACGAUUUAAUAAGCUAUUAAGUGUCAUACAUAAAUCUUUAAAAGAUCUUCAACUUGCUCUAAAAGGAGAGAGCAUCCUCACUCAAGAACUGGAAGAAAUAUACGACUCUCUUCUCAAUACAAAAGUUCCCUUACUGUGGCAGAAAUAUGCCUACAAGUCAUGCAGGUCCCUAAGCUCCUGGGUUAAUGAUCUCAUGCAGCGACUGGAUUUCUUCAAUACCUGGGCCAAAGUGGCUUACACUGCAAUACAUCGUCGGUACAUGAGAUUCAUCACAACUUCAAAUGAAACUACUUUAUCACCUAGUCAAAGCUUCACAUACCUUCCUGAAUCAGAGUCUGAUUUCUAUGAAGGAUUUCCUGCAAGAUACUGGCUCCCAGCUUUCUUCUUCCCACAAGCCUUUCUUUCUGCUGUGCUUCAAGACUAUGGAAGAGCCCAAGGAAUCUCUAUGGAUGGCCUCACUUUUACCCACCAUGUGACUUCUGACCCCAGUGACAUCAAAGAUGAGGAGCUCUCCAUAAUUAUCCAAAAGAAGCUCAACACAGUCAGGAGAGCCUUUAAGGGCUUGAAUUCCUCUCAUGAAGGAGUUCAUAUUUUUGGCUUAUUCCUUGAGGGAGCACGAUGGAAUCAUGAACAAAAUAUACUAGAAGACUCGCUGCCUCUUGAAAUGUGUUGUGACUUUCCCGACAUAUACUUUAUGCCAACAAAGAUUUCUACUGAAACACCCAAUGCUUCUAACCAGACAGAUUCAGAACUCUAUACUUUUGAAUGUCCAAUUUACCAGACACCUGAGAGGUCAAGAAUUUUUAACACUGGUACUAGUCUACCAACAAACUUUCUGACAUCAGUGUAUUUAUCAACGGCAAAACCUCCUAGUCACUGGAUCACCAUGCAGGUGGCAUUGYUGUGUGAGAAGAAUGAAUGA